AUGCUGGAAAUCCUGCGUCAUAUUCCCGCUCCUGUGGUCAUCAUCACUGCAGCAUAUGGUGAUGCCAACGACGACGACUUGCAAGUUAGAGGAAUGACAUGCAGCAGCUUCACAAGCGUAUCUUUGGAGCCGCCGUUUAUCUCGGUGUGCUUGCGCAAGAACUCUCUCAUGAUGCAGGUGCUGGAGAAGUCGACUGGAUUCGGCGUGCAUCUGUUGAAUGAAGAGAACAAGCAGAAGGCCGGUGACUUUGCUAAGCCUCAUGACACAGGGAAAGGACCUUUCAAUGAGGCUGCAGGCGCGUCGCUUGCGCAACUGAUUCUGAUGGCGGAAGCGCAGGAGCAACAACCACUAGAGAUGGAGCAGCAGGAGCAACAGCGGGAGGAGGAGGAGGUGGGGAAGGAGCGGGAGGUGGGCGUGGAAGUCGACAUGACCGCGCCCGUGACGGCGUGGGACAUCGAGCGCGCAGGAGGGCUAGGGGCGCGGGAUGACAUCGCGUCUCCGCUGCCCGUGGCCAUGGACGCUACGGACCUCGAGGAAUCUAUCAACGCCGAGCUUUAUCCGGAACUCGCAGAGAGCGAGGAGGAGGCACGCAUGGGCAGCACAGAUCCCUUAGCCCCAGCAAUCCAUGUGGGUGGCUCGUUCGAUGCUGCUGCCGCUGCUGACCCGGAGGAGGCAAGGCGACAGCUGGAGAGCAGAUUUGUACACGGGGGGCAGGGUGGAGUGUAG